CCAGGCUAGACCUGUGAGAAUCCCAACCUGCACCCGAGCGCGAGCGCCAGCCUGCUGCAGAGUACUCAGCAUGCUGCGCUUCCUGGUGCCCCGGCUCUUUUGCCUGCGCCCUCUGGCCACCCCGUACUCCUCAGCAGCAGCCCUCCCCAGCCCCAUCCUGAACCCAGACAUCCGCUACAACCAGCUGUUCAUCAACAAUGAGUGGCAAGACGCGGUCAGCAAGAAGACCUUCCCGACAGUCAACCCUGCUACAGGGGAGGUCAUCGGCCAUGUGGCUGAAGGGGACCGGGCUGAUGUGGAUCGGGCGGUGAAAGCAGCCCGGGAGGCCUUCCAACUGGGGUCUCCAUGGCGCCGGAUGGAUGCCUCAGAGCGGGGCCGGCUGCUGAACCGCCUGGCUGACCUAGUGGAGCGGGAUCGUGUCUACUUGGCCUCACUGGAGACCCUGGACAAUGGGAAGCCUUUCCAGGAGUCUUAUGUCUUGGACCUGGAUGAGGUCAUCAAGGUAUACCGGUACUUUGCUGGCUGGGCUGACAAGUGGCAUGGCAAGACCAUCCCCAUGGAUGGCGAGCAUUUCUGCUUCACCCGGCACGAGCCUGUUGGCGUCUGUGGCCAGAUAAUCCCGUGGAACUUCCCCUUGGUCAUGCAGGGCUGGAAGCUGGCCCCGGCACUUGCCACGGGCAACACUGUGGUCAUGAAGGUGGCAGAGCAGACCCCCCUUUCUGCCCUGUACUUGGCCUCCCUCGUCAAAGAGGCGGGCUUUCCCCCUGGGGUGGUAAACAUCAUCACAGGCUAUGGCCCGACAGCAGGAGCGGCCAUUGCCCAUCACAUGGAUAUCGACAAAGUUGCCUUCACCGGCUCCACCGAGGUGGGCCACCUGAUCCAGAAGGCGGCCGGCGAUUCCAACCUCAAGAGAAUCACCCUGGAGCUGGGUGGGAAGAGCCCGAGCAUUGUGUUGGCCGAUGCCGACAUGGACCACGCCGUGGAGCAGUGCCAUGAAGCCCUGUUCUUCAACAUGGGCCAGUGCUGCUGUGCCGGUUCCCGGACCUUCGUUGAAGAAUCCAUCUAUGAUGAGUUUCUCGAGAGAACUGUGGAAAAAGCUAAGCAGAGGAAAGUUGGGAACCCCUUUGAGCUGGACACCCAGCAGGGGCCCCAGGUGGACAAGGAACAGUUUGAACGAAUCCUGGGCUACAUCCAGCUUGGCCAGAAGGAGGGGGCAAAACUUCUCUGCGGUGGGGAGCGUUUUGGAGAGCGAGGCUUCUUCAUCAAGCCCACGGUCUUUGGUGGUGUGCAGGAUGACAUGAGGAUUGCCAAGGAGGAGAUCUUCGGGCCUGUGCAGCCUCUGUUCAAGUUCAGGAAGAUGGACGAGGUGAUUGAGAGGGCCAACAACACCAGGUAUGGCUUGGCUGCUGCUGUGUUCACCCAGGACCUGGACAAAGCCAUGUACUUCACACAGGCACUCCAAGCUGGGACGGUGUGGGUAAACACCUACAACAUUGUCACCUGCCACACGCCCUUCGGAGGCUUUAAGGAAUCUGGCAAUGGGAGGGAGCUGGGGGAGGAUGGGCUUAAGGCCUACACAGAGGUGAAGACAGUCACCAUCAAGGUUCCUCAGAAGAACUCGUAAGAACGGCUGCCAGGGAGCGCCAACUCUAGUCCAAGGAUGCCACAGCCACCUACCAGUGGUUGCCAAACAGGUUCUUAGCCAUGGACCCCCUUUAUUUGUUCCAGAUGAACACUUAGAGGGAACCUCAACAAAUAAAGCAAUUAAAAUGAGAGCUGCUCUAGUUAAAGCAGGGAUGGGGGCUGGGCUCCGAGCCCUGUACGCCUGUACUCCAGCCCCCUUGGUGGCCCUGUGUUACUUCCAUGAAACCUUAGGAGUCUCUGAAAGACAGAUUAAGAAACACUGAUCCGGACCAUGGCUCUCAGUUCUUCUUACUGAUCCAAGGACUUCCCGGUGGAUUAACUGACGUCUUAGUGGGUAGACUCAUCUCAGACAUGGGAUUGGAAGGCAUUAGGAGCUUUAAACGAGACCCCAUAAUCUUGGCCCCAUUCUUCAGUGACAUAGCCUAAAAGCCAAGGCUGCUUUUCUUUCUCUAAGUACCAGUUGCUGGCUGGUUUGCUUGCUUGCAUUGCUUCAUUUUGCUACUGAUUGUCCUUAAUUUGAGGGAAGGGGUAGAAAGAAAAUGCAUUUAUAUAAUCAUUCACGUAAAAUAAGCUCAAACAGCCCUAAUGUCCAUCAACUCAUGAGUGGAUAAACAAAAUGUUUCUAUGGAAUAUUUCUUAUACUGUUCAGCCUUAAAAAGGAAAGAAGUACUGACACAUGCUACAACGUGGGUGAACCUUGAAACCAUUAUGCUAAGUGAAAGAAACCAGACGUCCAAGGCCACAUAUUGUAUGAUUCCAUUUAUAUGAAAUAUCCAGAAUAAGCAAGUCCAUAGAGACAGAAAGUACAUUAGUGGUUGCCAGGGGCUGGGGGAGGAGGGAAUGGGGAAUAGCUGCUAAUGGCUAUAGGAUUUCUUCUGGGGAGGUUUUGAAAUGUUCUGGAAUUAGUGUUGAUGGUUGCACAACUUUGUGAAUAUACCACAACGCACUGAAUUACAUACUUUAGAAAGGGUGAAUUUUAUGAUAUGUGAAUUAAUUUCAGUUAAAAAUUAAAAUAAACGCACACAUUCUGUUU